GCGUUAGUACAAGCUAUCCCGCCACCUUUUUUGUUUCUCUGCGAUCUCCACUGCUCGAUCCAUCAUGGCGAUGCACGCUAAGGCUACUCCGCCGCAGAUCCCGGACACCCGCCGGGAGCUUGCCGAACUGGUGAAGAGGAAACAAGAGCUUGCAGAGACACUUGUGAAUUUGGAGCGACAAAUAUAUGCCUUUGAAGGCAGCUACCUAGAAGACACUCAAAUGUAUGGCAACAUCAUCAGAGGAUGGGACCGAUACCUAACCAACCAAAAGAAUUCUAAUAGUAAAACUGACAGACGAAAUCGAAAAUUCAAGGAGGCUGAGCGUCUGUUCAGCAAGUCGUCAGUCACAUCAGUUGCCGCAGUGUGCGCGCUCGGUGGGAUACCAGAUCACAUGAACGAAAAACGUGAGGCGGGGAGCGGCACAGAAAGCGACGCCUCUCCGGACCUUCAGAACCAAGAAAACGAACCCAGCCAGGAGGACACGGAGGACGUCGACUCCACCCUGCAGGACUUAAAACCUCAAAAAGCGGCAUCUUCCUCUUCAUCUGGUAGUCAUCACGGAAGCCAUAAGAAGAGGAAGAACAAAAACCGGCACAGCCCUUCUGCCAUGUUUGAUUAUGACUUUGAGUUCGACAUGAAAGUGAACAAGAAACCCAGAGCUGAAUAUUCUACCUGACAAGUGCAAGAUGUGGACCCACAAGAGACUUUGUGAACUUUUUACCCCCCCCCCCCCCCCCACUUGUCAUAUUUCAUCUAUGAUGCAUUGAAAACAUUCCCCAUCUUCCAAGUGUCCUGCAUGUUACUCCACACCAGCCAGUAACAUUUUGUAUAGUGUUUAAAAAAAAAGACUAUUUAUUUUGUCGGCAAUUUUUUUUCAGCCCACAUUGUUGUGAACCCCCUUCGAUUAUCUGUAUUGUUUUUAUUUCAUUGUUUUUCAAGAAGCUAAUAAAUUACCAGUGUUGCUGGGGUUUUUUAAAAAAGAAAUGUCGAAAUUAAUGUAGUACAAAGACUGACCUGCAGGAGGCAGCAUUGCCUUAAGAAUAGUAAAUAUCGGCGUUAAAUGGCUUGUAAAUGUGCUCUUUAAAUAAAUGUCAAAUAGUAAAAUAACUAGAAGCUUGCAAACAGUUGACAUGUUUACCACUUAAUUAUUGUGACAAAAAUGCAACAUAUAGAAACUAAAAAUCUAAAAUUCCAAUUUUGUCCUGAAUAAAAUAAAAAUAUACUGAAA